ACCGGCCUCUCUCUCUCUCUCCCUCUCUGAUUUCCGUAGGUCUCUUGAACCCUUAAACAUCCGCAGCCGCUCGCGGGAGAUGGAGGCGGCCGCCACGGACUGCCUCUCUCUGGAGAUCAACCUGAUCUCUGCUCAGGGCCUCCAGCCGCCAGGCGGCAACCGUCGCUUGCAGGCCUACGCUGUCAUCUGGAUCGACUCCUCCAUCAAGCUCCGCACACUGGUCGACCGCGUCGGCGGCGAGAACCCCACCUGGAACGAUAAGUUCCUCUUCCGCGUCCACCCGAGCUUCCUCGCCUACGAUUCCCCCUGCGCCUACUCCGUCGAGAUCUACGCCGCCGGUGGAUGGUACCUGCCCGACUCCCUCGUCGGAUCCGUCCGCUUCCUCGUCGGCAACCUCCGUCUCCUCUCCCGCCACAGCGACCGCCCCGUCUUCGACGCCGUUGGCAUCCGUCGGCCAUCCGGCCGAUUCCAAGGCGUCCUCAACGUCGGCGCCGCCGUCCUCGGGAGCGUCCCCGCGGUCGCCGCCCGGGCGCUCGCCAUCCGCCCCGCGAUCGGCUACCGCAGCCUCAUGGCUGAGUGGGGUGGGCCGAAGGCCAAGAAACGCCGCCCGCUGAGGGAGCGGAACAAGGCGUCGUCGUCGUCGGCAUCUUCGGUGGCGUCGUCGGACGAGGAGAGGGCGGCCGAGGACGCCGACGCGGCGUUCUGCGGGCCGUGCGUGCUGAGUUUCCCGAGGCGGCUCCAUCCCGCCCGGAAUCUUGAUCCCAUCCCGUGGGCCACCGACAGCUCAAGCAGUCAACCCUCGCCCCCAUGGACGGCCGAGAUAUCUCGAUCCUGACUCCCUUCCACCCGAUCUAAUCCCAGUCGUUCAUUGCGUGUCUGCCGACAUAUCUUCUUGAUUCCUUUGGCCGCUCGGGGGGCGGAAACUUUGAAAGGGACGGAGAUGGCAUGGAUCGUCUUCUCAUAUCCGGCGACUGGAACAGUGAGAAUAUUGCAUCUUUCUCACUCGGGCGGUCACCAACCAGCAUCCAUUUAUCAUCAUCGCCUGGGAAGCACCAGAAGGCAGCAGACGGAGAUGUCUUCAGCACAAUUAGGACAAGAGAAACGGAAUCCACUGUAAAAGUAGGACGAAGGGCAUGAACUGAAGAAAAAGAGUGCGUCUUUCCACAGAUCUUUUCCUCUCUUCUUGGAAGUAAUGAUAUCUCAAUGGGAAUCUUGCUUCUUUGGGCAUUGAUUAUUAACCAUAUAGAUAUUGUUUCUCCACUUUCUUUGGUUUUCUUUCUGGACCUGUCACUGUUGUUUUCCUAUGUGUAAAAGUAAAACACUCCUUUGUCA